AUCAACUUUGAAAAUGUAACCGCAUUUACCGUUUUUUUUGUUAUUUUUUAAAAUUCAUCACGAAAUCAUCAAUUUUACAAUCAGUGUUUCAUUUAACUCAAACCAAAAACCAUAUAAAAUAUUUUACAAAAUUUCAAACCAGAAAAUAUGAAUUCGAAGGUAUCAUUUGAAACUCUUUAUGAGACAGUCGGAAUGGUGAAGCGCAACUCCCCGUCGGGCCCGGAACACGGCUUCCAUGAGAACGUAGAGCUGCAGAUCGGCCUGAAGAACUACAAUCCGCAAAUCCAGAAGCGAUUCAAGGGUAGUGUUCUGCUCCAAAACAUCGCCCGGCCGCAGCUAAAAGUCUGCGUUUUCGGCAACCAGAGACACUGUGACGAGGCCAGAUCCAUCGGGGUCGACUUCCUCGAUGUGGAGGACCUGAAGAUUCUGGGCUGCGAUAAGAAGUACGCCAAGAGAUUGGCUAAGGAAUAUGACGAGUUCCUGGUCUCUGAGUCGCUUACGAAAAUAGUCCCGAGGCUGCUGGGCCCUGGUCUCACCAAUGCCGGCAAGUUUCCCACUCCGCUGACUCAUCAGGAAUCAAUGAGGUCCAAAAUUGACGUAAUAUCCACGAGUUCGCUGCAAAUGAAAAAAAUCCUGUGCCUCAAUGUGACCGUAGGACACGUUGGCAUGGAAAACGAAGCGCUCACUCAGAACAUAAAUCUUUCGAUCCGAUUUUUGGUAUCCCUGCUGAAGGAGAAUUGGCGAAACGUGCGAUCCCUUCACAUAAAAACAGCAAUGGGUCAACCCCAGAGAAUUUACUAAGUAUUUCAUAGAAGGUGCUAAAUGCAAUGUCGGCAAUGUAUAUUUGUUUGUAAUUUUUUCUGUACAUUUAAAAUCUAUGUAGAUUUAUGUUAGAAUUAUAAUUUAAAUUCCCA